CAGCGCCGUCGCCAGUCGAGACCCAGCACCAGUCCUCUGACGAUGCCUCUAUCUCUGAGGCACUUUUUCCUGCUUUUUGUUACGAUUUUCGGUCUUAGCAGUGGUUCCGAUCUCUUCAGCAACUCGUUCCUCGUCAGAUUCCGGCGAGAUGUCGACGGAGACGAGGCCCACAGCGUCGCCUCCAGGACCGGAUUCGUCAACAUGGGACCGGUCUUGGGCUCGAAGCGCGAGUAUCAUUUCGUGAAUCAUGCCGUUCCGGCGGCGAGGACCAAGAGGAGCAUUCCGCAUGUGAGGAAGCUCAAAGUCGACCCUUUGGUCCACACAGCCAUCCAACAGCCGGGUUUUAUUCGAGUCAAACGCGGCUACAAGCCUCUGAAAGUCGAAAAUCUCGUCAGAAACAUCCAACCACAUUCGGACCCCACCGACCCCUAUUUCCCAUUCCAGUGGUAUUUGAAAAAUACGGGUCAGAACGGAGGCAAAGCGAAAUUGGACUUGAACGUGGAAGCCGCUUGGGCCCAAGGAGUGACAGGCAAGAAUAUCACAACGGCUAUUAUGGACGAUGGCGUCGAUUACAUGCACCCCGAUUUGAAAUACAAUUACAACGCAAAAGCCAGUUACGACUUCAGCAGCAACGAUCCGUUUCCUUAUCCUCGAUACACGGAUGAUUGGUUUAACAGUCACGGAACGAGAUGUGCCGGAGAAGUGGCAGCUGCGAGGGAUAAUGGCAUUUGCGGGGUUGGGGUGGCUUACGACUCCAAAAUUGCAGGAAUACGAAUGCUGGAUCAGCCGUACAUGACCGACCUGAUCGAGGCCAACUCAAUGGGGCACGAGCCCGGCCUUAUCGACAUUUACAGCGCUUCGUGGGGGCCCACCGACGACGGCAAGACCGUCGACGGCCCCCGAAAUGCCACGAUGCGGGCCAUCGUGCGCGGAGUAAACGAGGGGCGCAACGGCCUGGGCAACAUCUACGUGUGGGCAAGCGGCGACGGCGGCGAAGACGACGACUGCAACUGUGACGGCUACGCCGCCAGCAUGUGGACAAUUAGCAUCAACAGCGCCAUCAACGACGGCCAAAACGCCCACUACGACGAAAGCUGCAGCUCGACUCUCGCCUCGACCUUCAGCAACGGCGCUAAAGACCCCAACACGGGGGUGGCCACCACCGACCUGUACGGAAAAUGCACGACCACUCACUCGGGCACCUCCGCCGCCGCCCCCGAGGCGGCCGGGGUCUUCGCCCUGGCCCUGGAGGCCAAUAACAAUUUGACCUGGAGAGACGUCCAACACCUGACAGUGUUGACCUCCAAGCGCAAUUCGCUUUUUGACGCCAAAGGCCGCUUCCACUGGACCAUGAACGGGGUGGGGCUGGAGUUCAACCACUUGUUCGGGUUUGGGGUGCUGGACGCCGGUGCCAUGGUGGCCCUCGCCAAGCAGUGGAAGACCGUUCCGCCGAGGUUCCAUUGCGAGGCCGGGUCCGUCACCCAGGUCCAGAAGAUACCCUCGGCGAAGAAGCUGGUCAUGCAGAUUACGACGACGGCGUGCCAGGGGCAGAGCACCGAGGUGAGGUAUCUGGAGCACGUGCAGGCGGUGCUAACGGUGAAUGCGAGUCGGAGGGGCGACCUGGAGCUCUUCCUCACGUCGCCGAUGGGCACCAGGUCUAUGAUUCUCAGUCGAAGGCAAAACGACGAUGAUACGAGAGAUGGGUUUACGAAGUGGCCUUUCAUGACCACGCAUACGUGGGGGGAGUACCCGCAAGGGACGUGGGUGUUGGAGGCCAGCUUCAAUUCGCAGAUGCCGCAAACGGGCUUUGUCAAGGAGUGGACUUUGAUGCUGCACGGCACAAAGGAGCCCCCUUAUACGGAAUUGGCGGUUUUGGACCCACAUUCCAAGCUUGCUAUAGUGAAGAAGGCGCAUGAAAAUCGAAUGAAGAUGUAAUUGGUCUCCAGUUUUGGUUUAUUUAUUUGUUAAAGAUUUGAUAAAGAUUCAUAUAUUUUUAAGUAGAGAGUAGCGAUAUACUGAAAUAUUUAAAUAAAUCCAUCAAUCUCUAACUGUACUGUAAUAAAAGCAUGUGAUUAUAUAAGAAGUAUAAAAUAUCAAGUAAUUAUUGGAUUUUAUUUUUACAAAUUGUUGGACAAGAGCUUAUAUUUUGUAUAGCGUUCAUUAUUCAAAUAUAUAUUAACUGAAAGAGAUUAUUUAUUACAGUGCAAGCGAUGAAUCUCAUGCAAUUGUACAAAAUUGUAAAUUGUUUACAAUAUAAACUUUAUUUCCGAUUGUGAUUUUGUUUGCUUCUGCUGGCCGACAACUGUAAAUAAAACUAGACAUUUAACCAA